AAGUAUGCAGUACCCUCAUUAAAAAGAUGGCUUUACGUCAAAAUUUUUGUUUGGUAGAAGCGUGGUAGAAGGUUUACUGCAAAUGGAUUGUUACAAGCGUAGUGUGCAAAGUAUUUGUUGUUAUUUAGAAAAUUAGGAAGCAUGUUGGUGUAUCGUUUAAGUUGAGAAAUAGUUUAAAAUGUUUUAAGGGACAUUACCAUCUCAUUUAUGUUUUAUAAUGUAAUCUGCGAUUGUUAGAAUGGAACCACAAAAAUAUUUAAAUACAAACACUGUAGCUAAGGAUAAGCGAACAUUAUGCUAUUGUUCUAAACCUAUUUCGCGGUUAGAAAAUAGAAAUGCAUUUCAAAAAAGCGAAAAAAGAACUACAAAUUUUUGCGAAUUAAAUAAACCCUUAAAAAGUAUUUGUUACAAUCCUAACGAAAGCCUUGAAACCUCUGAUUCAUGCAGAAAUAUUUCUUCACAAAAACAGAAUAGUAACGUAAAUCAGGCCAAUCGAAAGAUCCCAAGUAUUUCUCAAGCAUCUUGUAAAUGCGGUCCGUUACCUGACUAUGUUGGACAAAAAAGUAAUUUCAAUCAAAAUCCAAUCAAAAAACCUGCGGAUCUGAAUCAUCCCCCUAUAUGCACAAAUCGUAACUCAACUUCGAAAAAUGCAAAUAUUCAAUCGAAAUCGAAAAAAUGUCAACAAAAGGUUGAUUAUUGUCCUACAUUGGCAUUUCAUCAAAGCUGCACUCCUAAAGUAACGGAACAGGAAGAGGACAUCUCCAAAGAAACCGAAUUGUAUUUAGCUAGACUUAAAGACGAAAUACAACAAAAUCUAGCAAAAACAAAAAAUACAUCAGAUAAAACGUUUAAUGAACUGAAAACUGAAAUAGAUAAUUUUCGCUGUCCAGAAACUAAACAAGAAAGCGUACAGAAAUACAAAAGUACCGAAGAGUGUCGACACGAUAACUCUCUAGAACUAGUGGAACUGGAACGUCAGGAAUGUGUAACUUUAAAUAAAAAUGAAAAUGAAAUGCUACAGAACGAUCCAUAUCUUGCAGCAAUAAUGGAGGAAAUAAAGUAUUUUAAACAAUCUUUGAUAAAGAAAAUAGACGAUGAAAAGAAUCAAUGCAUAGAAUACAAAACUUCCGAAAAAAGUAGUUGCAGUGUUUGGGAGAUAGAAUCUUUUAAUUGGCAACAACAGAAUUCACCUUGUAAUGAAAUUAUAAAAAGUGUGGAAGAACCGUAUUGUUUUUCAUAUCAAGAAAAUCACAUUUUGGAAGAGAUCAGAUUGUGUAAAGAAUACGACAAUGAAUUACCAGAGUGUCCGCAAGAAGUUCCUGUUUCCCAAGAUGAGGGUGAUUUACCAGUAAAGAAUACUGAACGAGAUAAUGAAACAUCCACUGGCACUUUCAACAAUGGUAUUUAUAAUAAAGGCGAGGUUUCAUCAGGACAGGCAACAAAUAAACGACUUGUAAUAAAUACAGCUGUAUCCACGGAGGACGAUGCCAAACCUGAAAAAGUAUGUACUGCUCAUAAAGAAUGUCCUAAACAGAGCAAAGCAAUGGUAACUAGCUUUAGUGUAGUGAAUUAUCAUCCUCUUUCAAAUGAAGAUGGAGAUGGAGGUUCCACUACUAACUUUUUACCUUACAAUGAAGGUGAGGAAGACGAAAAAAAAAAUGUUUUAGCUCUAAGUUGCUCUUCAGGGGAUUGUAAUGAAACAACUGCAACUAGUACUAGUUCAACUAGUAUAAGUGAACUUGAUUACAUAACUGUUGCAUUGCCCAAUGUGUUCUAUAACUGUAAUAAUGAAACAAAAGAAUGUAAUUAUAAAGUCGAGAGAACCGCCAGAGAAGUUGGGGUUUUAAUGAAAGAUUCCGCUAUAAAAGGAAUCUACGUAAAUACUACAAAUAAAGCGAUAGAAUGCUGUGGAGGUUCUUCUAAAGAAAACGUUAUUGAGAAAACCGUAAAUAGUCCUGCAAUAAAAUGCAACAGAAAAAAUAAUAAUUUGGUAAUUCAACAUUUACCAUCAUUAAAUAUUAGAAGUGAAUUAGUGACACAGUCAUUACCCACAGUUGAAAUCAAAUGUACUGAAAGUACUGUACAAACGUGUUCCCCAUUGCGAAAUAUUUGUUAUGAAGUUAUACAACAUACCUCUGUGAUUACUACUCAAGAGAAAGACUUUAAAGAGCCUUCAGAAAAAAUAAAAGCAGAAACUUCUUCAAAUAUUGCAACUACUUCAAAUCCGAAGGCAGAUACUAAUUUGGGAGUGGAAACAGUUAUAGAAACAUUAACUUCAGAUCCGACUGUUGGAUCAAUUUUGAAGUCUUAUGAAGUUCUACCAGUGAAGAAUAUUGAUAAUGAUACCAUGGAAACAAAUUCAACCAUCAGAAAUAAAAUAGAUGUAGAUGUAUAUCAAACUUAUAUAUCAAAUACAAGAAGAAGAAAAAGAAGCGUAUCAAUUAAAGAAAUGAUAUCACAAAAGGAACAAAAUAUCGAUAACGUCGAUUUAACAGAAAUUAAAGCAGAAUUAGAAGACUUCUUGAAAGAAAUCGAAGAAUCUCAUUCUGUGCCUUCAAUUUAUUUAGAACCAAAAGAAAAUGAUUAUGUAGAAGAGAACGAUAUGGAUAAAGUACCAAGAAAAAUUAUAUCAGAUCAUGUAAUUGGCAAUUUAAAACAAUUAAGCGAAAUUUCAACAACCCAAUUUCACGAACAAACUGAAACGGCGUCUUCAGAAGUCUCUGAACAACCAAUUAAUCUAAAAUUGUAUCCAAACAUAUUUCCAGAUAAUUAUAUUUUAUAUUGUGACAAAUCAACAGAAAUUUCUAUUAAACAAGAAAAUAAUGACACAAUGAGUGAAGAUGCUACUCAUCAAUAUUUAAACGAUUGCACCGCAUUAGUAAAAAACCAAACCAAAGAAUUGCCGCUAAAAUGUGAAAAACAAACUGAAGAGAUUGUUUUGAAAGGUACGAAUAGUAGUGAAUUCAAAAGCAACGUUACUAAAAUUGUAGAAGAGAACUUUAGGAUAAAUAAGAGUAAAAUUACAUGUAAAGGGUCACAUCAACAGAUAUUGAAGCUGUGUGUAUGCGGUACAGAAGAUGGAAGUAAAGCUUGUGACAAAAAAUAUAUUUUGGUAGUAGAUUCUAAAAAUUUAAAAGAUGGUGAUGUACUGGGUGCGUGUGUUGAUCAAUCGACAUAUACACAUGAUGUAGCAUGUUAUAAUUUUAAUACACCGACCUCUUGUGAAUCUAAACAAGUACAAACAAAUUUACCGAUAAACCUUGAUAACAAUAAUGAUAUAAAUUAUGAAGAAUCAGAAAGUACGCAUCAAGAAAUUUCCAAAAAUGACAUUGCACAGGAAACUGUUAUGCUGGAAAAGAGCAUUCAAGAAAAACAUUCGAGUUCUGUCUGCACAGUAAAAAUAAAUGAUGAAAAGCAGACAAAAUGCACAAAAACAAUUCAAACAAAAGUGGUUUUGGGAGACUUGGAACUCAAAAAAGCCGAACCUACAUUAACUGCAGAAGCAGAAUCGCAGGCCGGUGUUUCAUUAAAUUCAUGUACAGUCGACAUAACCGUGCCAUCCGGUCUUAACGCUUGCGAAGCAAGUUUCCAAACCUGUACAGAACAACUGAUAAGUUUUUCAAAUUCCGAAUGUAAAUCUCACUUACUUCAACUCCAUAAUAAAAUUGAUAAGAAUAAAAGUACUGCUGUUACGAAAUGUAUAAGUCAAAAUGUAUCUAAUUUUGAGUGCAAAUCAAAAUCUGCUCAAAUUCCAAUUAUAAAGAACACAUUUUACUGUGAAUGUUCUGAAGAAAAAGAAUUAAUUAACAUAGAUUUGCAAGAUAAAUCAAUUAACCAACCUUUUAACGAAUGUAACGCAAAAACGGAAGAUAUAAUUAAGAGAAAUAUUGGUAUUCAAACGACAAAAAUAUCUAAACGAGCGGCAAUGAAAUGCCCUAAAGGUACUUCUGAGGUAGAAUGCUUUAGCACUCUUUUAGAAACAGACAGUACAGACAUUUCGACAAAUGGCGAAGAGUGUCUGUCGUGCGAGAAUAUUUCGCUGGAAAAAGGUAAAAAACCUCUUUUAAUAAGUCAAAAUAUUCAGGUCAAUAUUACUAAAACCGCAAACAAGAUGGAUAGAAACGAGUCAUCGAAACUAACUAAAGAAAUUCCAAAAGAAACAAAUAAACAAAUUUACAAAGAGAGUACAUCAAACUCGUAUUUCGAAGAAAAAAGGUCAGUCAAAAUUCAAACAUCACUGAAGACGAAUUCGAUAAAUUGCAAAAAAAAACUAUUUGAUAAAAGACGGAGUAAUAAUAAAGUUUAUAAUUAUGAUUUUUGCACAUGCAAAUCAAAACAAAGAUGCAACAGACAAAUUGGCAUUCAAAAAGGUCCAGGUUGCAAUUGGGCUCGGAAUAGACGAACACGGGAACUUUCUUUUGACGAAGACAACGCAGAUACAUGCUCUGAAAGUAUAUCAGGAUUAUCAUCAGAUUGUAUGUCUGAAGGUGAAGUAAGACAAAAUGUUAGCAUAGGUGAAUUGUAUCCAUGUGAGUUCAAUUGUACUUCUUUUUACAAAAAGAAUCCUGAAAAGUUACUGAAACAGCAAACCGGCGAUAAAAAUGUAUGUCUACUUCGAGAAAGAACAAUCUAUGAUAAUUGGAAAUCCUACUAUUUCUCUCACCAGUCCCGACCUUCCAAGUAGUUUUAUUGUAGCUUUUAUUUGAAAUUCAAUAAAUAAAUUUUCAGCUUUGAAAAAGUAGUUUCUUUAUGUAAAGUUUACGUAUACUGCGUGUUUGGAACUCAUUGAAUAGUGGUAUGUGGCGC